AGACAAACAUGGGUAUUCUUCCAGUGAAUGGAAAUCGAAAGCUGGAAUUAGCAGUAUAUGCGACAUCACAACGCUGAUCAUAAACUUUCAGGAAUCUGUAAUGAUUGAGGAAAUCUGGACUUGAUCAGUUAAUCAACAAUGUCCCGUACUAAAGCCAAGAGCGCUGACCAGUACAAGGUGCUGACCGGUACUUGCCCGGAUGAAGAAUGCCAAGCCAAGCUGUACUUCCCAGCUUUUGACAAAAGCAUCGAGUGCACAAGUUGUGGACAGCGCCAUGACAAAGCCUCUCUUCAGAAUGUUGAGGAAGUCACAAAUACCAAUGUUGCUUUGCAUAAUCUUCUAAAGAACGUUCUUCUUGGCAAUGUCAAACCUCACAAAGGUCCGGAAAAUAUAAAGGUUUUAGGCUUGUCAAAUUAUGUGUGCAAACUUCUUUCACCAAUUCUUACCAAUUACGGCAUGGAUAAACAGACUGGGAAAGCUAAGCUGUUGCAGAAUGAAUUUGACUGUGCUGUUUUGGGAGAUCGUGCCUUUCUCAUUGAUCCCGAACAUUUGUCGGUGAUGGGAUAUGGAUGUGACCGGUCAGGAAGUAAACUGUAUCUUAGGGAAACGCUGAACAUCGUCCAGGAGGUCAAUGAUCAGCAGGAAUAUCUCAUUCCAAUCCAUGCAGACGGUGAUGGGCAUUGUUUGGUACAUGCUGUAUCGAGAGCUCUGGUUGGUAGGGAACUCUUCUGGCAUCCUCUUCGAGUCAACCUCCAGCGUAAUUUUCAGAUGAAUUUAACCAAAUACAAAAACCUGUUUCAAGACUUUAUUGAUAAAGACGAAUGGUCAGACAUCAUCAAUGAGUGUCACCCAGAUUUUAUCCCCCCGGACAGUGAACCUCUUGGCCUUCGAAACAUCCAUAUAUUCGGACUUGCAAAUGUCUUGAAGCGACCAAUCAUUCUCAUUGAUUCCAUUGAAGGAAUGCAAAGCUCUGGAGAUUACUGUGGGGUGUUCCUCCCUGUGUUGGUGGAUCCAGAGGACUGUAAGAAGGACAGUGUGCUCAAUAAGCCUCUGUGCAUCGCCUGGAGCAGCAGUGGGAGAAACCACUUCAUCCCUCUCGUAGGCAUCAGAGGCAAGCCUGUGCCAAAGCUGCCACGCUACAUAAUCCAGCGGGCAUGGGGAAUCCCAGACACCUACAUUGACAAGUACAUCGAAUUUGACGGGCAAGGGAUGUGUUGCAUUGGAGGAGAUAAAUCUUUGCAGGAUCGUUAUAUACAGAAGCUGGUGCAUGCCAUGGAGGAAGUGUUUCAGGAAAAGUAUGGUGUUCACCCCAGUGUCGUAGCAGACGUACAUCAGUUCAUGUACAAGCAGUCAGGAAUUGUGGGUGUAAAGAGUGACACUGUCGUCCUGGCGACACAGAAAGCCAUCCAAGAGAGACGUCUUUACCGUUGCCUGAUGUGUGAUGCCAUCACUGAAUACAGCAUCCCAGCGGAGUGGUUCCAGCGUGGGGGCAGUCUGUAUAAUCUGGCAGUACAGAGUUAUGGGGAGCUCCGCCAUGAUGUCCAGUACUCCUUCCGAAUGCAAGGUGCUGUCUGUUCCUAUGACAAGUAUAAUGACCAGCUGAUUUUGAAUUCACAGUUGAGCAAGUUGUCCAAGUGUGCUUUCUGUCAAGGGGACAGAGUCCGCCAGGUGACUGGUAACAACAGCAUCCUGUACCAGAAUGGCGACCGCACACUCACCCCGUCCACGUCCACACGCUGCACGUGUGGCUUCAAGCACUACUGGAAUGGCAGGGAAUAUGACAACUUUCCAGAAAUACUGCCUGUAAAGUUGGAGUGGAAUGAUCGGACUAUCAAGGAAGAGGUGGCAUGGUUCCAGUAUGAGCAGGACCCGUCUCUUAACAGUCACGUGUACAAGGUGGCCCAAGACUUGGUGCAGAAACACUUCCCAGGUGAAUUUGGCAGUGAGCGUCUGGUGCAAAAGGUUGUAGACAAGCUUCUGAGACUGACAGCUAUACCAGAGAGCAAGAAGGAGACAUGUGAUGGACCAAGCUCCCCAGCACCCCCAACACCUGCAGACAGUGUGUGGAGUCCAGACUCACCAUCAAAGAUCAUCCUUUCUGGACAACAGCAAAAGAGUAUCCACAAGGAGGAGCUAACUAUGAGUGAGACUGAACGAGCUGUCAGACACAGGAUCGAGUCUAAUGCACCGAAACAGCAGCAGAAGAAACCUGCAGACCCACAAGCCAAAAAGUCUGGAAGCCCCGCUCAAAGUCCUCGAAAAAGUACACCAGAGAAGAAACCACCUCCGAAGGAGCACACUCCACCUCCAUCUACUUCAUCAACAGCAUCAACAUCUGUGUCGACAGCAACAACAUCUACCACUCAGACACCAGGAAAGAGGAUCAGGCUUGCAACAUCUGAUGGGAGACUGGAAAUGCUGCAUCUGGAGUCUGACGUGACCUUUGCCCAACUACAAAAGUUGAUAUCAGAUGUCCUUGACAUUGCUCCACAACGACAACGUCUGCGUCUGGGUUUUCCUCCGAGAGAACUGAAGGCAGGGACUGAGCCUGUUUCAUUACAGCAUGGAGAUAAACUGUCAGUGGAAAUCUUGCCCCUUCAGAACCAGGUGGCAUCCAGUAGCAGACCGCACAGAGAUGAUUCAAGAGAAACUUUGUCUCCAACCCAGAAGAUGGCAUGGAAUAAGUUUGAUGAAAAUAUCCCAGCGGCAACAGCAGAAGCACUGCUGGAAAGUCUAAAAAACCAGCAGGCUGGCUCAGACAGUAUUGACAUGGCUAUCUCAUCCAUGGCCCUACUGGCCCAGCUGUCUGGCCGAGAUUUGUGGACGUAUGUCUCUAGUCAACCCCACCUCUUCUCAGUCGGAGGCUUGUUCUACAAGCAGGUGGAGAGGGAUCUUGGCCUUGCCCCGGGGAAACACUGCACGCUGUCCUCCCUGCCUGGCAAGGUAUUUCGAUACAACGCAGAGGCUGACCGACUAGAACUCUGUCUAGAACCACAUGGUCAUUUUCAAGUUGAGCCAGACAUCGAACGCAAGGUCAAGUCUGCAACCCCUCUUGCUGAGGAUGACACGGAAGUCAAGUUCGGGUCAAGUGGGGUCAUAUCAAGAGGGGAGAAAAGUCAUGUUGCUUUCUCUGGGCAUGGCCACUCACUUCGUGCUUCGGAGGGAGACACAAGAAUGCCAGGGGAUCUUCCGGAGUCUCCCCGAAAGGCACAAGCUAGGAAACUUACAAAUUUUUGUGAUCCCUCCCAACCUCAUGAAGCCAUCAGUGAGGAACCAGAGGAGGCGUCAUGUGACAUGCAAGGUGGAACUGCCUGUGUUGAAGGUGCUAGCCAAGCAGAGCCUGCUGUUAAGGUUGACUAUCAAAAGAUUGGUCCAGGAUUUAGUGUGAUCGACCAGUCAGUUUCCAACACAACUAAUGAGAAUGUAGAUGUUUUUCGCAAACUUGCCCAGGCAAUUGAGCAGACUGUAGCAUACUGUAAUGACUUUGAUGAACCAUCUGAUGCUGGGGUUGCACACAAAGAUGAACAUAUGGAGGGACAAGAUGAGAAGCUGACAGAUGGACAGGUGUCUGGUAGUGUAGAAGACAACAAGGAAGAGAAGAUGGACACAACGUAGUGACACCUGACAACAGACAAUCUGCGUAUGUAGUUGUCAUGACGAAGUAAGACCUGCCCGUGUAGCCGUCAUGGCAAGGUAGCUGUCACCAAAGAUUACAUGGUUAAGGCCUGGGUUGGAUAUGGAACCGGCCCAAUGGAGCUUCAGACUGUCAAAAACUCCUCUUGUUUGAAUGGUAAUACUGAGGUGUACUUUUGUGAGUAGAAUAGGCUAAUGAAUUAUCUCCCUUUCUUGUGUCACAUGGAUGUCACAGGAGAAUUUGCAGUUACCUAAUGAUGAUGUCACAUACUUCAGGAGUGUGCAACUAAUCAAAAUUGUUACCAGUUUGUUGUUCUUACAUUAAGUUCUCACUCUCAGUGAAAUAAUGCAGACUUUUGAACAUCAGCAGGUUAAAGAUCCAGUCCUUGAAAUUUGUAACUGCCAGACAGAGUACCAUUCUGUAGUGCCAUUCUGUCGCUAAUCAUCAUGAGUUGUACAGAGUAAUUGGAAUGUGAAUUUUUUAAAGAAACUUUAUGAGGGCACUGUAAGACCCGUUAAGUUGCACAAACUAUCUUAGCUGUGCAUUAAGAGUAUUAACAAAACAUUUUGUAUAGAUAGGCAGCUGCCUGGUACCACAACCCUUUUGUCUUUGUUAUCAUCCUUGAUUAUCUAGUAUUUCGAAUCUGGUUCUAUUAUGAUAAAUGCUCUGGGCUAAUUCUUUUGACUUCAAGCUUUGUCACCAAAAUUGUAAACAUAUUAGACAUUCAUCGCCAGGCUUUCCUCCCAUGCUGUCAUAUAUACUGGAGCACUGUUGAAAGUAACAUAAAACUCAUUCAAACAUUUACUACUAAAAUUAGUUUUAGAAGUAAUGUGAGUGAAUCUCAGUUAUCAUAAAUCAUUAACUUAGCAAGGUGUUUCACUGGCGCAUGAAUUAAUUUGACUGGACAGCUAUUGUCAUUGUCCUAUAAUUGGAUAAGACUUAAAACAAAGUACAUUAUUGAAAGAGCUCAGUGAAUUUUUCUUAUUAAAAUGAAAAUGUAAUACACUAGAUGAUCAAGGAUGUUAUAGAAUAGACAAAACAUGGCAGUGGCUAAGAUCACUGUGCAUUGUCCCAUUUGUUAUUGUCUGUCAUCAUGCUACAAUAGUUUCGAUUGCAACAACCACCACAUUUUUAAGAUCCCGGCUUGAAAACCUUUGGGUCAUUGUGACAAAGCUGCAAUGUGCUGACGAGGCCAAAAACACAAUUCGUUUUCCUAUUCCUUUUCUGUGAAGGGAGACUUCCUUUUUAUGCUCUGAAUUAUGGAUAGUGAUGGUUAGCCUGGUGCACAGUGCCACAAUAAAGACACAAUAGAUUAAUUAUUUUAUUUUAACAUAAAUCUUUCAACAUUAGGAGCAGGGAGGAUUCUUUUUAACUUAUCAGGUCAUGUGUGUGAUUCAUAUUUGAUAGAACUUAAUAAGUGGUGCUUUUCAUCAUGUAGAGAAAGAAGGCAACACACACAUUAUAGUAAAUAGUGAUGCUGAACCAAUGAAAAGCUGGUAAUAAUUUAUUAUGGCCAAAUAUGGUUAUACUUGACCAUAAGAAGUUAGGAAUCAUAAAAUAUAUUUGGGGAUAAUUAUUUGAAAUUCUGUCGUCAGUCUUAACUGCAAAAACAAAUGUCCCCAAACUGUGUCCCUAAUUUGUGUUCUUCUGUUUAUGUUAGUACUUUCGGUGCAGGGAAAUCAUUGAAGGAAAUAAUCACGUUGGUGAAACUAGGCUGAAUAACAUUCUGGUAAAGGUUGUGUUAAAAGCUAAUUUGCCAUGAUACAACGAUGACCAUUUAUUGUAUCAUUAUUAUGGUGUACUGUUAAGUAUAAACUGGGACAAAUCUGGCUGAUAUCUCACCUGAAAUGAUGCAGAUACAUAUAUUUAAGUAUUAGAGAUUUUAUAUGUUGUUUGUGGUUAUGUUGUCAUAAUAUAUCAGAGUUGUGUUAUCAUCAUAAUGUUGACCUGUGUAUAUACUGUUAGAGAUAUUCAGAUUUUACACCAAUGAGAACGUUUAGUUUGAGGACUUGGUUGAUCAUGUGUAUUUUGAAAAUGCUGACUAUAAAUAUGCUACUGCUUCUGAAGAGAAAAUAGUUAAAAAGCUUCUUUUCUAUAUUUUGCUGUUAAAAUAAUUGCUAGUGAAAUAUAUCAAUAUGUUUAGUGCAUCUACCUGUAUUCAUGAUUUCAUUAUUUAAUCUAAUGUAUUAAUGAAAUGUUAUAAAUGACCAAAGGGUAUUUUCAUUACCAGUAUAUAUUUUAUUUAAUCAAUGUCUAUCCAUAAACAGACCUUUCUCAUGAACAGUAUAGUUGUGGUGUUUAAGACUGUAAGUCUCGAUUAAUUACAAAAUAUUAAGUCAUCAAAAGAGAAAAAAUGUUAACAUAAACAAGAAAUUCCCAUGCCUCUUACACUCCUGGCUAAAUGUAAUUUUUCAAAAAAUCCAAAAAGAAAAUUUCAAACUGAUUUGUUUCUUGGUAGUAUUUCAUUUUGUCUAAUCUGUUCUGUUAAUAUUAUCCCUGAAACCUGAAUCCUGAGCCAGUUAAAUAUUCCAUUAAGCUAAUGAAAGAGAAAUUAUUCAAAAUCAUUAUUGGUAAUUUCUGUUAGUUGAUGUUUACGAACCAAGCUCCAGUGGUUGGUGAUGUUGAAGAACAGAAUCACAUCAGAAACCUCACAGUCUCAAAUGAGAUCUUUCACUCCUGUAUGAUACCUCCCUGCGUGAAGAUCACAGGACACCAUAGAAGUUCCCUGAGCAAACUUUAACCACCCAGUUCAAAUUAAAGAUACUUUGGGUGUUGAAGCAGUCUGAUGUCAGCUUUCUAAAACUAAUCGGUAACUUCCUAAUUACAUUUGUUUUCAAAAACAGAAAUAAUAAUGAUAAUAUUCUUGUCUGAAUGCUUCGCUCACUUGUAACAAGGAUUUGGGAAACUCAGUGUUGUUUGGCUCAUUAUGGAGAUGUUCCCUAUUCUCCAUUGCAGAGAGGUAUUGUAUCAAUUUCUCAGAGACAAAAGGUAAUGACUACAUGAAAUCUUUACACUCUAUAUUAAUUCCAAAGAAAAGCUAUUCUAUUAUAUAUGCUGCUCACCUUGCUGUUACAGGUACCAGUAAUAUUUUCUUUAUGCAAAAUGAUAUUGACAAAAGGUUACAAAGCUAUUAUAAGGUACCAAUGUACUGUUGCUUGUGAAUGUUCACUGUCAUCAACAGACUAAAGUGUUUGGGGUGUUUUCAAAUUUGAAGACAUUUUGAAAUUUUCAGACUUUUGUGUUUAACAGUGCUGUAAAUAUUGUGCUAACUUCUCAGGAUUUUAUGAGAUGCGAAUAUAUUCCAUUUGUACAAUUAUAUCUAGUAUAGAACAACCAUGUAUUCCCACACUGGUCUGUGAUAUUUAGAGUGUUUAAAUAUCCUUGUUUGAAAUGUUAAAUCAUUUGGUUUUAGAUUCUGUGGUACUAAUAUUGUUUGAAGUGUUUUAAACUAGAUAUGUUUACCAAUCUGUCCAUGUAUUCACAAGGCCUUAUUGCAAACAUAUGGUGAUGUGAAGAUUUUGCAUUGCUCUGUCUUCUCUGGCCUGUGUACAGAAGUCUUAAAGCCAUCCUAGUGUUACAGCUGUUUGGGAGUUGUGAUUGUCUUAGUGCUAAGUCUUGUAGUGGAACAGGACCCAGGUGAAUCUUAGCACUAAAUUUGUGGCAAGUCAGUGUUGACAUAUGAGAGUUGCUAUCAUCUUAGUGCUUAGGUCACUUUGUGGAACACCCUGAUGCCCUUACCACAAAUGUUCUCGACAGAACAUAUUAAUGCAAUUUGACCUGUGAAUAACUUUGAGAUUCACAAUAAUAGACAAUAUCAAAUCUGAAUAAAUACUAUAGCAGGCCAAAUAGUGUAUCCUGUACUUACAACUGAGGAGGUAUGUUAAUAAAAUGCUUUGCUAUUCCUAUGGGUGCAUAAAACAUGUGUGAAUCAACAAGAAUUAUUGAAUUGUAGCUUGACUAAAUUCAUCUAAUGUUUCUUUUCUGAUAGAAAAUUUGAUUAAAGUUCAGACUAUCUGUUCUGCACCUGUGAAUAUGGACUGUUAACAUGCUGUGUAGUGUUAAUUGUGAUGGAUGUUUAUUUUCAGUAAAGUGAAUUGAAUCCAUGAAUGAACCCUAUUUUGAGUGAACCCUAGAAUAUAAACAAUGAGUAGAGUGCUUGGAUGUGAUGCAUUUCAUGAGAAAUAUUUACAAUUGUACAGUGUAACCUAACUACUCAUUUGUUUUAGUAUUUGCCAGAUUCCAAUGUUCUGGCUGGACUUGUUGGUGAAAAAUAGUGACUACAGGCAUAUUGGCCUUAGAUAUUCAUGGGUGAUAUAAGAACAUAGUGUACAGAAAUGCAUGAAGUAUUAACAAUAAGUGAUUGCUUGUUUGUAAUUGAGUGACUAACCUCUUGAAGGGGCCAUGAGGUGGCUCAGUGGACAAACUAAACAGUUUCAGAGUCCUUGAGGUUUGCUCCUAUGGUGUUUGAAUCAGCGUACCCACUAAAUAUGUAUUUUUUUACAUCAGUGCUAUGACGAGAACCCCUUGAUGUUCAAAUUUAAUUUGAACACUGUAGUACCACGUGUUAGCACAUGAAGCCAAACACCUGGGUUUGAAUUGCAAGAUGUGUCAAUAUGUGAAGUCUAAUCUUGGCCUGACCUGUGAUACUGCUGCAAUAUUACCCAAAGCCCUUUGGUCCAUGUCAAAAGUUUUGUUGAUGCAACAGCAUACGUGUAGUGCCAUGUUCCGUUGUAGCUUCUAGUUAGUUGUAUCUGUAGACCACAGUGGAGGCUUGUGUCUUCUUUGAUCUUGGCCAAGGAGCAGUUGACAACUGCUUGUUCUACGUAGAUGAUAUCAGGUUAUUCUUCUAGUCUUCUUGUGAUUUAAAUGCUUCCAUCUUGUGGCUUGUGAUUAAAGUAAUUGAUUUUGUACAUGAGAUGAAAACAAUAAUUGUUUGCCCUGAGAGAAGUAUAAAAUGUUCCCCGUCAAGCAGGUCAUUUAUGACAUUUUGUGUGAAAAGAUUAUUUGUCGAGAUUACAUUUUGGUUUUGUCUGGAAAAAAUGCAGUGUUAGUAUUAGUUCUAUGAUUGACGUCAUUUUCAUGUAAGAGUUACCUUCCCUUUCUCAUUUUGCCACCAUAGACACUAAGGAAUUAAUGAGAAAGCAAUGCCAUGGUGACCUUCACCUUUUGAAAAUUUGGUUCAAAUGGAAAACAUUUUACUGCAUGGAUUAUGGAUUAGCAUAUUAGUUAGUGCACAUUAGCUCCCUGAUCAAGAAAAUGGGAGUUUGAUUCUUUACACUCUCAGUCAAGCCUAUCUAUUUCAACCCUUUACAUUCAUUUGCUAGCCUAACCCACACCUGCAUUACAUUGAACGCUUUAUACCAUUAUGUAUAAAUGAAAUUUUCAUUCCAAAAUAUGAUUAUUAUUUCAUACAGUUUAUAUGGAUAUAACAUGUACAUAAUUAGAACUUAUGAAGAAUUUAAAAUGUCUAGGUAAACCGAUUUCAGAAAUGUCAGUAACAGCUGAUUAAAUGUGGAAUGAGGAGAGGAUCCAUAUUUACUUACAGAGAAAUUUACAAUGCAUGUUUUAGAAUUGAACAUUUUUCUGUUAGUGCAUAUGCUUGAGGAUAGAUAUCCUGGAUUGGGUUGGUUUCAAAAUUAUAACUUUCAACCGUUAAUCAAGGGCCAUAGCAUGUUUCAUGUAGUUGGAGGGUUGUAGUUGCUUUGAAGCUACAGAAAGGUGAUGCAGUGACUUUACGUUUACAGUCUGUAAUUUUAGGGGGACGAUUUGCCUCCCAUUCCCCCACUCCUAACCCCAUAUUCUUCAGCCAAGAUAAUCCAUUCAGUUAGAAAUGUUUCACUGAUUUUUAGUUUUAAAUACAGGAAGAAGUGAAAUAAAGCAAGUGCAUACAA